UUGGCUGCGGCGGGCGCCUCGCCGGCUGGUGGCUAUGAAGGUGGCGCCGGUUGAUGGUUGACGGUUGGCUUCAGGGUUGGGGGUCGCCGCGCGUGCGAUCGGCUCACCCAGGACCAGGGGGCGAGGACUGCUGCAGCUCAACCUGGAUCCCACCGGCGAGCCCAGGCUCCGCCCGGCCAUGCCCGCCGGGAGCAACGAGCCGGACGGCGUCCUCAGCUAUCAGAGACCAGAUGAGGAGGCUGUGGUGGACCAGGGUGGGACCAGUACAGUUCUCAACAUCCACUAUGAGAAGGAAGAGUUGGAAGGUCAUAGAACUCUGUAUGUGGGGGUUCGGAUGCCACUGGGCAGGCAGGGCCAUCGGCACCACCGCACUCAUGGCCAGAAGCACCGGAGACGAGGAGGGCGGGGCAAAGGAGCCAGCCAGGGGGAAGAGAGUCUGGAAGCCUUGGCCCACGACACCCCAUCUCAGCGUGUUCAGUUCAUUCUUGGCACCGAGGAGGAUGAAGAGCACGUGCCUCAUGAGCUCUUCACAGAGCUGGAUGAGAUAUGUAUGAGAGACGGGGAAGAUGCUGAAUGGAAGGAGACAGCCAGGUGGCUGAAGUUUGAAGAGGACGUUGAAGAUGGGGGAGAGCGCUGGAGCAAGCCCUAUGUGGCAACUCUCUCCUUGCACAGUCUGUUUGAGCUAAGGAGCUGCCUCAUCAACGGCACUGUCCUUCUGGACAUGCGUGCAAGCAGCAUAGAAGAGAUCUCAG